GUCUUUGUAGUCCGGAAUUCCUCUGCCAGGUUUUUCGUUCGUGUUUUCCUAUUGAAUUUUCCCCUCGGGCUUUGCUUGCAACACAUGCACUUUGUGCAGUCCCGGCGAAGCAGAGACGGUUUGUUGGGAUCUCUUUUGCAGCCGGCGGGGAAGGAGAAAAAAAAACUCGUUUCGGUUGUUUUUGCAAGGAUUGUAGGGGGAGAAAAAGGUUGGGGACAAGGAUCUACAAGAGCCAAUAAACCAUCCUAGCUACACUUGGAGCUGGUCUUUCGCUUUGUCCAGAUCGUUAUCGCUGCUCGGUUCUUUCUCUCUUGGGUACUGAAGACUGCAAGGUGAAAUCUGUUGGCUUCCAGCAGAGCUGACUUUGAGGAUCAUGCCAUAAUGAAGAACGAUUCGCCGGUGACGUUGUCUGCCGUCGCUAGGGCAAGAGGCCUAUUAAGAAGCAGCGAGCCCAGCCUUCUCUGUCCAGCGGCACCCCAAGCAGUUUCCUUAUUAGAGGAGGCGGCUGAACUCCUGGUUUUGGACAGGGACUUUGCUGCAGCGGUGGACAGAUGUGAGAGAGGCUUCCACAGCCUUUUGGAAAACGAUGGCGAUUCUGACAGAAUCAGCUCUGAAGAUCUGAAAUGUUCCUUGUGUAUUAUUGGCAUCCAAGCUUUGGCAGAAAUGGAUCGAUGGAGAGAGGUCCUCCCAUGGAUUCUUCAGUACUACCAUGAACCUGAAGGUUGGCCCCCCAAAGUUAUGGAGCUCUGCAUCCUCCUCCAUAGCAAAGUGGAAGAACCUCAAGUGAUGUUAGAUGUUGGUGGGGACUGGUUAUACUGCCCAUCCAAUCAGGACUUGUCAAGUUAUGGCCUCUUGGCUCAGCUUUAUCUUUUCCAUGUGCUCCUGCCACUCGGACACUUUUCAAAGGCAGAGGAGCUGAUCCAAGGUUGCAAAGCUUUGAGCCAGGAGCAGCGAGAAGAUAUGCACAAAACCCUUCAAGAAAAGAAGGAUCAGUGGCUAAAGAUAGAAGAAGCAUCUCCAAUUCCCGAGGAGCAGCCAGAGAUGUCAUGGAAGCCGCUGUUGGGUUCGGUGUCUCAAAGGAUGUUGACCAUUUUGGUCCAGCUGAGAAGAGCGCUGGAGUCUUUGGCAAGCCAUUUCAGUUCCAUCCCCCUCAAAAAGACACUUCUGGUGGCUCUCCUGUUAUGUCUCAUUGUAGUGAGACUUGAUCCAGCAUCCCCAUCUUCUCUACCCUUCCUCUACAGGUUGACCCAACUUUUCUAUCAAGCUCGUUUGGCUUUAUUUCCUCCAAGUAGAAGACCUCCUAUUCAAGACUAACUUGCUCUAUUGUCAUCUCUGGGUACCAUGAAAUGCUCCCAAGCCAACACUGCAAGUUUGGGGACAAUACUGAGCAUAAAGCUACAGGAGUUUCCUCCAAGAACAAGAAUGUCUUCUGACAGUAGAUAUGGAUGGAUGACAUACAAGAGUCCAUAUGAAGAGGUGUCUUUUGCAUUAGAAUGUGCUUUUUGUGCUCAUUCCUGUCUAGAAGCAUGUACAUUUUGAGUGAGUGACAUUUGCUUCCAAGUAAACAUUGAGAUCAAGGCAUGACAGACUAUUUCAGGUGUUUUUAAAAUCUUCACUUUGCCAAGGAGACAUUAAACUUUUUUUUCUAUCUGGGCAAGACUGUGCCUGCCUCUCCUCUCCUGAUAUACAUUUGUCAUGCAGAAGUUCUUCUUCCCUUCUCUACCUGGCUGUGAGGCCCUCCAAACCAAGAAAGACACCUGUGGAUUCUUCCAUGUAGAUUUCUUUAUUGUUUUAUGCCUGUAGACGGCAUCUUGCCUGACUAAAGCAUUCUACUAUCUACAUCAAGCAUAUUCUCUUGAAAACUAUUAAGGAGGCAAUGUUCACCUUUUUGGUCUCACAAAACUAAACUGAACUGCCUCUUAUUCCUCUGUAACAUGGGUCUCCAACCUUGGCAACUUUAAGACUUGUAUGGCUGAGGAAUUCUGGGAGUUGAAGUCCACAAGUCUUAAAGUUGCCAAGGUUGGAGACCCCUGCUCUGGAAUACACCCUUUUCUCAUGGCGAUCCAGUCCACAACAUUCCAUCAUACUGCUGCCUCCAGAUGGGAUGACAAACCAACCCCAUUGCCCUCAUUCAUCAGAUCAUAUCUGGAGAGCAAACAGUUGGUGCAGAUUCCAUUUAAAAUGUAUGAGUGUUUUUGCUCAAGAAGAAGCGAUUCCAGAGAAAGCAAAGAAGCCAUAUCGGGUUAAGUAGUUCCCUCUUUAACUUUCAUGGCUGAGCUGCCAGUGCAGCAUGCAAGAUAUGAAAUAAUUAAUCACCUUAACCCCAACCUUGCUUUCAUCCCUUACUCAUCAGAGCCCUGGCCUUUUCAUGGGGAGCAGACAUUGCUUUUCGUGACUUGUUAGUCACCUUAUAAUAAGGUUAGUCACCUUAUCCAGGAAAUGGGUAGCAUAUAAAUAUAACCAAAAAAAAAAAGUCCUUGCUAAUGAGUGAUAGCAGAUUCUUGUGACUUUCUGUGCAGGUCUUUAUUUAAGGAAGAGCUAUAAUGCUUUUAGCAACUUUGCUCAUUAUUUUGUAAGGGUUAGGCUGGGUCAACAAUCAUUUUCAGGAGUGGGAGAAAUUUUCAAAUGAUAUUAAAAAGGUAAAGGUUCCCCUCGCACAUAUGUGCUAGUCGUUCACUACUCUAGCGAGCG